CAUACCCAACAACGGCCCGCUUGGGAACUCCAACACUCCAAUACCGGACCACCGCUGUCACACACAUCCUCAGGCGUAUCACACCCUACUGUUCAAAAGCACUUGCAUAAUUUUUAAAACACGUUCUACAACCACCUACCUAUUCCACUUAUCCUAAUUAAUAAAUAUGUGCAUCGCCCUCUUUACAACGGCGCAUCCCGAUUACGCGCUGGUGGCGAUCGACAACCGGGACGAGUACAUCCUCCGGCCAACAAGCCGGCCGCAAUGGUGGACGGCCGAGGUUGAUUCGCACACCACGGCAAACGGGUCAGCAAACGACACCGAUGAUGAGUCGACAAAAACACAACCAAAAACGUCAACCAAGAUCGAAGCCCUCUCCAGCGUCGAUCUCCAGAGACCCGAGCGGGGGACGUGGAUGGGCAUCACGAAGGGUGGCAAUUUUGCCGUGCUGACCAACUACCGUGAGACCGACACCGGCAACGCAGAACACCCCGUCAGCGGCAUGCGCAGCCGUGGCGGCAUGGUGACGGCAUGGUUAACGGCGGAUCCGGCCGAGUCGACCGAGGAGUUCGUGCACCGCAUGUUGAGCGACGGCGGCGUGAAGGGUGUUGGUGGUUUCUCGCUGGUCUGCGGGAAGCUACGCAGAGUGGCGGGCGGGAAGAACAUCAACCCCUUGGCCAUCAUUUCGAACCGCUGUGACCACGCCGGCCAGGUCCCCUGGAUAUGCGAGGAGCGAGGGUCUGUCUACGGCCUCAGUAACGCCAUUUAUCUCGAGCAGAGCGGCGAAAACAAGGAAACGCUAUGGCCCAAGAUUCGUGACGGCAAGGAAUUGUUAAGCCGCGCGGUGGCCGCCGGCGGCAGCGAGGAGGAACUCAUCGCUUCUCUCUUCAAGAUCCUAGACACGGAUAACUUCCCCUCCGAGCACACCAUCAACCUAGAAGAGGUGAUCCCCCUCCUCAAGAACUCCAUCUUCAUCCCGGCGCUCGGAGGCAAGGAUCACCAGCAAGAGAUGUGCGAGGCGCAGGAAUCCGGCAGCGUGGAGAUGAAGGGGCGCAACCCGUCCGCCGCCGAGACGGUGACGCCGGAUGAGCAACAACCGAACGGCUUCCAGGCGGGCCUCUACGGCACCCAGCGGCAAACCGUCAUGCUCGUCGACUGGGAAGGGAAUGCCACGUACAUUGAGCGCGCCCUGUGGGAUUGCAGCGGCAAUGCGAUACCCAGAGGACAGGGCGACGAGACGUUCAGGUUCAGGAUCGAGGGGUGGGAGCAGGAAGACGAGUUGUGCAACUAACGGUUGCCUCUUUAACGCCACCGCUGUUGAUUUUACGACUUCCAUGGGAGCAAGACGGUACUUUUUGGCUUGGAGGGGCUGGUUCGGAGCGUGGAUCGGGGGUACUCGUUC